AUGGUGCGACAUAUUGGCAUGGUUGCUGGCGGCUCAGGCAUUACCCCCAUGCUUCAGGUUAUACAAGCUGUACUUGAAGGUCGGUCCAGUGGUGACACAACUGAAAUCGACUUUAUCUUUGCCAAUGUCGGCCUUGAGGAUAUCCUUUUAAAAGAGCGCCUUGAUGCUCUUGCUGAGAUGGAUAAAGGUUUCAGGGUCCAUUAUGUGCUGGAAAAGCCUCCAUCUCAAUGGAAUGGUCGGGUUGGAUACGUUACUGCUGACAUGAUCUCGGUAAGGAACAUCUUUUGCCUUGUUGAAUACCAACUUUAUUAAUUUGAUAUUCAUGAUCACUAGGAACUACUUCCGAAACCGCUCAAGAUGUCAAGAUCCUUGUAUGCGGUCCCCCACCAAUGGUAA